AUGCCUCUCACAACUAAUGCCGCUAGUGCCAAAACCGAACCUCUUGUCGAUCCGGAUGUCAAGCCUUCGCAUUCUAGCGGAUCAGCCAUCCGCGUCGUGCUACGCGUCCGCCCACUUUCGGAGUUGGAAAAGAAGCAUAGCCCCGUCUCCAGCGUCACUCGCAACCUGAAGAAUGAGUGCACAGUCCACAUCCGCCCUGCAAAUCCAAAAAAACACCCCGUCGCUGUGCGUAACGCAGGUCGCGCGACAUUCAAGUUUGCGCAUAUUUUUGAUGAGGCGAGCUCGCAAAGCAACAUCUUUGAACAGACGACUCUACCGAUGAUUGCCGGCUUAUUCAAUGGGCAAAGCGCCGUUGUUUUCGCUCACGGGGUUACCUGCUCGGGCAAAACUUGGACCAUUCAAGGCUGCGAUGAACACCCUGGGAUUUUGCCCAGAUCUUUGGAUAACAAAAUGCAUGACUCAAAUUACAUCGAAGUGAGUGGAGACAUUGAGUAUAAGAUUUUCGCCUCAUAUUUAGAAGUUUAUAAUGAGCAGUGUUACGAUCUCUUUGAGAAAGCAAAAAGGAAGAUUCUGAAACUCAAAAUGAACCGGGAUCGAGAAGUGUAUCCCGAGGGCAUCACUGAAAUUGAAAUACGCAACUGUGCAGAUAUCGAUCGAUUGCUCGAAUUCGGACAGCAAAACCGUAGUGUAGCUCACACAAAAGCGAACGAAGUCAGUUCGCGAAGCCAUGCGGUCUUCUUCAUUACACUCAAGAUGUCAGAGACGCUGAAGGGGCCGAGUGGUCAUCCGAGAACAAGACAUCGCACCUCAAAGCUGUCAAUUGUUGACCUUGCAGGUAGCGAGCGAACUGGAAGAACCAACAACGCGGGGAACGGCGUGCGCCAAACAGAAACAAACAAAAUCAAUUCGUCGUUGAUGAACCUUGGCCGUUGUCUCCAGGUCAUGCGUCGUAACCAACGCACUCAAAAAACCGAUCCAUUGCGGAAGCUAGAAAUAGUUCCCUUUCGUCAUAGCCGACUCACUCAUUUGCUCCAGAACUGUCUUGAAGCAGGCUCAGCAGUUAUGAUCGCGAAUGUCUCACCAACAAUGACAGACUCAGAUGAGACAAUCCAAGCCCUUAGAUGUGCAGCAAUCGCUCAGGAGGUCACACUUGUUCCAAACCGAAAGAUGAAUGUACUGAAAGACCGCACGAAUAAUAUGAAUCAGCUACUAAUACGCCCGGCCCCGGCCCCCUCUAAGAGAAUCCGAGGGAGCACGAAAAAAGGUGCGUCCAGAAACUUGAGACAAAAUGAUUUGACGAAACAGGAUCCCGCCUUUGUCACCAUUCCGAAAUCUGAAUAUGAGGAAAUGACGUCUUCCAUAGCAACUAUGAAGAAGGAGAUUACGUUUUCGCGGAUGGAGAAUGAAGAGGAAAAAUGCAACAAUCUUGAAAACGAGCGGCGCAUAGCGCAAAUGACAGAAGAAAUGGACAUGCUGUUUCGGGAUAAGGAGCGUUUAAUUGAUCGUCUGGCCGACUCCGAGGCUAGGCUGUGCGUAGUAGAAACUGAGAUUCGUGAAGAGAUGGCGGAGGGAACGGAACAGCUCCUUAAACAAGUCCACGAUGCAUACGAAAAACAACUAAAUGAAGUGCUUCGUGAGAGGGACGAUCUCGGCGAUACUGGGGAAAGCUUCAGCAGCGAAGGUUACAGGAGAGUUUCUAAGGUCCAUACAGAGGGCAAGGAACAAGCAGAGGCCAUGGCCGCACGACUGGCAAGGCGAGCCUCAAAGGCAGCUUUUGAGAGUGUGAGGUUUCCUCUGGCUGACCCCCAGCAAGAGAUAGGCGAUGAAGUAGAGAGCACAGGUGAAUGGGAGACCGAAGGCGACGAGUAUAUAGAGGCCGACGAUGGGGGGACUGGUAAACAUCCGCGGAUGUAUCCCGUUCUGGAUGGGUUCUACUCUUGGGGAAUUAAUUGA